CAACUCUCUCUACGUCUCUCUCCCUCAGUUCUAUUUCUAUACAAACUUACAAACAGAUCGAAGCCAAAUCAAACCAAACCAAACCGUCGGUACGUAGUGCUAAUCCUCCCCGUAAGCCAAUGGCCUCCGUUUGCAAAUCAGACUGCGUCGAAGAUGCCCGCGUCCCGAUGCGACUAACCUAUGCCAACCUCUACAAGUGGCCGGAAUCCGACGCCGAGUUCGUGAAGUCCAUCAGCUCAAAAGAGAACCGGGGGCCGGGGCCGCAUGCUCAUUCUAGAGUGGUGGACGGCAUUUCAUGCAGGCAAAUGUAUUUGAGGAGCUACACGUUUUCAAGACAAAAGAGUAGUAUGCCCGAAAAGACCAAGAAGUGCUUGGGCAGAAUACUGCAGAGAGUUGCCAUGGCCGAUAGAAUUAGAAGAGGUCAGGGCAAGGAAAACGGCAAUACUAGAAGAGUGGCCACAGCCGAUAGUACUAGAAGAGAUCAGGGCAAGGAAAACAGUACCAGUACUGCUGUUCGGAAGAGGCGGUUUGGCUUGAUCAGGACGCCGGCCAUGGAGGGUCGUUCAAGCGGCACCUUGUCCUCGUUUUUCCGGCGGUUGUUAUUUUGCACUGCCAAGGUUGAUGCGGUUGAUCAUGGAGACACCUGAUUCCAUGCAUGCUCUUAUUUUUUAUUUUGCUAGAUCUUCCUUUUUUAUUCUAGCUAGUUUUUCGUUUUUAGUGGGUUUGAUUUAUUUAUGGUCUUAAAUUUAUUCGAUGAUGUUUAAGAUCAACUUUCUCGCUUGAAAGUCG